UGGGAGGAGCGAUUCGGUUUGAACUACAGAGUGGAAAGCGCAGCUCUCUCUCAGGGCGGCGAAGACGAAGACGAAGACGAAGGAGAAAGAAUGAGAAGGUAGUGAAGGAGUUCCAAGGUAAGUUGGUCAAUAUGAGCGUGCAAACGGGCCAAUCGCAUUCGUGGUGGUUUGCUAGCCAAGACAGGCUCCGUAGUUCAGCACAAUCUUCAUGGCUGUCAAUGUCGAUUUCCAAAUUGGAAGAGAAAACCAGGCAGAUGCUAAACCUUAUAGAGGAGGAUGCUGAUUCGUUUGCUAAACGUGCGGAGAUGUACUACAAGAAGAGGCCUCAGCUCGUGAACAUGAUCGAAGAUUUCUACCGAACCCAUCGCUCAUUGGCUGAGCAAUAUGAUCAACUAAAGUCCAGAUCUGGGGCGCGUCGUUCAACACCAGUUUGCCCAUCUCAUUUCCACAGAAGCUGGCCGCAGAGCAUGAGCAGCAGUGAAACAGAGGAGAUAUCCAAAUGUUCAACACACUCAUUUGAUUCAGAGGACUCAGAAAUUGAUGAUCCCGAAGGAGAAAUUGUAGCAGAGACGAAGUUAAGAACGACGGCAGAUGAAGGGAGUAACGGUCAUUUGGUGAAACUGAAACAAGAACUGGAAAGAUUCAAAGAGGAGAAUGCUAAACUUAAGGUUGAAAUAGCAGGGAAAAAUGAAGAGAAGAGGGAGGUCAUCAGACAGCUUACUUUGUCUUUGGAUAUGCUGAAGGAGGAGAACGUUACCUUGAGGAAAUGCCUCAAGGACCUAGAGAGAAAGAGUGGCUUCUUUGAGCUUAAAAGGCUGACCAAGGAUAUGUUCUCUGGAAAGCUGUUUCGUGGGAAAUCAAAGAAUCAAACUACAAUUGAAAGUUUGAUGAACUAAAAAAAAUCAAUUGAAUCUUUCAUUAAACUAA